GCCAAGCCCCCGGCGCCCGUGCGCACCCCCGCCGGCGCAACACUGCGGUCGGGCGGUGCGGAGAGGGGAAGGCACCAGCGAUGCCUCCUAAGGAUGUCAGAAUCCAGGGGCGGUUCCUUUAAGAAUGGCCUCCGGGAUCUGCGUUACCAGCAGCUCGAGCCUCAGUUUCUCCAUCUGGGAAAUGAGGACCCUCGUGUAUUCGUGUCAGAUCUGUGACGAUUACAGAUGUGCGAUUGAUUCACCAGAAACCGUGAGAACACUCCGCUUUUAAGUGUUUUUAUGUCGGAACACAUUCCAAAUAUUCUGAGGGAUGCAGACAAGACCAAGAUGUGGUUGCUAUUAACAGUAGCAAGUUUGAUAUCUGCGCUUGGAACCACACAUGGUUUCUUUGGAAAAUUACAUCCUACAAGCCCGGAAGUGACUAUGAAUAUUAGUCAGAUGAUCUCCUACUGGGGAUACCCAAGUGAAGAGUAUGAGGUUAUAACUGAAGACGGUUACAUCCUGGGUAUCUACCGAAUUCCUUAUGGAAAGAAAAAUUCAGAGAAUAAAGGCCGGAGACCUGUGGUGUUUUUGCAGCAUGGUUUGCUCACGUCAGCCACCAACUGGAUUUCCAACCUGCCCAACAACAGCCUGGGCUUCAUCCUGGCCGACGCGGGUUAUGACGUGUGGCUGGGGAACAGCCGGGGAAACACCUGGGCCAGAAGAAACAUAUACUACUCGCCAGACUCCGUUGAAUUCUGGGCUUUCAGCUUUGAUGAAAUGGCUAAAUACGACCUUCCAGCCACAAUUGAUUUCAUCUUAAAGAAAACUGGGCAGGAUCAGCUCCGCUACGUUGGCCACUCCCAGGGCACCACGAUUGGUUUUAUUGCCUUCUCUACCAAUCCCAAGCUGGCUAAGAAAAUAAAAACUUUUUAUGCACUGGCUCCAGUGGCCACUGUCAAGUACACCAAGACCCUAUUAAACAAGCUCAUGCUUCUUCCUUCAUUCCUCUUCAAGCUUGUAUUUGGAAACAAAAUAUUCUACCCACACCACUUUUUUGAUCAAUUUCUUGCUACUGAAGUGUGCUCCCGCCAGACGGUGGACCUCCUCUGCAGCAAUGCCUUAUUUAUCAUUUGUGGAUUUGACACUAAUAACUUAAAUAUGAGUCGCUUGGGUGUGUAUCUAUCACAUAAUCCAGCAGGAACAUCGGUUCAAAACGUCCUCCACUGGUCCCAGGCUGUCAAGUCCGGGAAAUUCCAAGCUUUUGACUGGGGAAGCCCGGUUCAGAACAUGAUUCACUUUAAUCAGAAUGAAUUUCCAAGACUGAAAAGCAUGGAGAAAAUUCUCUCUUCUCCUUGUGUUCAUCUGGUUGGCCUGCUCAUUCUUCCCAGCUCCUCUUCUGUCAUGUCAUCCAGCUGGGUCUCAAGACCAGGGAUCCUUAACCUAACUUGCCGUAUCUGGGAGCUCAUCCUUCCAGAGCAGCAUUUAUCCAUCCUUAAAGUUCUUCAGUUCAAGAUCUCCCUACAAGUCCCAACAAUCCACUGCUCUUUAUUGCAUUCCACACAAUUCAUGGAUACCAGUAGACUUAGUAAUACCAGACCAGCUGCUUGCUAUCACUACAUUGCUCGAUUUGUGUCACUGUGGCAAGGUCAGUCCCUAUUAAGUGCUGAGGUACAAUAUCUCUCUGGAGACUCAAGUGACUCUGUUUGUGAAUCUUUAUCUCCUCAUCAUAAAUAUAUUAGCUCAACUUGUGAAUCACUGAUGAAUAUAUUCUCAUUGUAUGUGUGUCUAAAAUAUAUACCUCAGUAUAAAUAUAUAUUUAUAAAUACCUGAAUAUCUUCUUCUGGAGAAAAUGUACAGCUUAAAAAAGACACAUUUAGGUGUUUUUAUUUUAUUUUUUUAAACAAUGGUAAAAGAGUUUUUGGUAGGCAGUGUAUAUAUCAUGGUGAUAUAUGGUAUGUUAAUGUGUAAUACAUAAUUUUUACCAUUGUAUAAAGCAAAUAAAGAUCUUUUUAA